AUGGCUGAGCAAUUGCGAUACGACGGCCAGGUCGUCGUCGUCACCGGCGCCGGCGGUGGCCUCGGCCGCGCGUAUGCCCUCUUCUUCGGCUCCCGCGGCGCUAGCGUCGUCGUCAACGACCUCGGCGGCUCCUUCAAGGGCGAGGGCAACUCGACAAAGGCUGCUGAUGUCGUCGUCGACGAGAUCAAGGCCGCUGGCGGCAAGGCCGUCGCCAACUACGACAGCGUCGAGAACGGCGAGCGCAUCAUCGAGACGGCCAUCAAGGCGUUUGGCCGCAUCGAUAUCCUCCUCAACAACGCCGGUAUCCUGCGCGACAUCUCCUUCAAGAACAUCAAGGACCAGGACUGGGACCUCAUCAUGAAGGUCCACGUCAAGGGCGCCUAUAAGUGCGCCCGCGCCGCCUGGCCCCAUUUCCGCAAGCAAAAGUACGGCCGUGUCAUCAACACCGCUUCGGCCGCCGGCCUGUUCGGCAGCUUCGGUCAGACCAACUACUCGGCCGCCAAGCUCGCCAUGGUUGGCUUCACCGAGACCCUGGCCAAGGAGGGCAUCAAGUACAACAUCCUCUGCAACGUCAUUGCGCCGAUUGCCGCCAGCCGCAUGACUGAGACCGUCAUGCCCCCUGAUGUUCUCGAGAACCUCAAGCCCGAUUGGGUCGUUCCCCUUGUCGCUGUUCUCGUCCACAAGAACAACACGUCCGAGACGGGCGGCAUCUUCGAGGUCGGUGGUGGCCAUGUCGCCAAGCUGCGCUGGGAGCGCUCCGGCGGUCUCCUCCUCAAGGCCGACGACUCCUACACGCCCGGUGCCAUCCUCAAGAAGUGGAACAAGGUCGUCGACUUCUCCAGCCCUCAGUACCCCACCGGCCCCAACGACUUCCUCGGCCUUCUUGAGGAGUCGAUGAAGAUGGGCCCCAACGAGCAGGGUGAGAAGCUCGACUUCACCGGCCGCGUUGCCCUCGUCACUGGCGGCGGCGCUGGUAUCGGCCGCGCCUACGCUCUGGCCUUUGCCAAGUACGGCGCCUCCGUCGUUGUCAACGACCUGGUCAACCCCGAUGACGUGGUCGCCGAGAUCAAGAAGAUGGGCGGCAAGGCGGCCGGCGUCAAGGCCUCAGCCGAGGACGGCGACGCCGUCGUCAAGGGCGCCAUCGAUGCCUUUGGCCGUGUCGACAUCAUUGUCAACAACGCCGGCAUCCUGCGGGACAAGGCCUUCUCCAACAUGGACGACAACCUGUGGGAUCCCGUCAUGAACGUGCACCUGCGCGGCACCUACAAGGUCACCAAGGCCGCUUGGCCUUACUUCCUCAAGCAGAAGUAUGGCCGCGUCAUCAACACGACGUCGACCAGCGGUAUCUACGGCAACUUCGGCCAGGCCAACUACGCCGCCGCGAAAUGUGGUAUUCUGGGCUUCUCCCGUGCCCUGGCCCUCGAGGGCUACAAGUACGGCAUCUACGUCAACACCAUCGCCCCCAACGCCGGCACCGCCAUGACGGCCACCAUCAUGCCCGAGGAGAUGGUCCAGGCCUUCAAGCCCGACUACAUCGCUCCCCUCGUCCUCGCUCUCUGCAGCGACAAGUGCCCCGACCCGACCGGCGGGCUGUACGAGGUCGGCAGCGGCUGGUGCGGCCGCACGCGCUGGCAGCGCACCGGCGGUCACGGUUUCCCCGUCGACGUCAAGCUCGUCCCCGAGGAGGUCGUCAAGCACUGGAAGGACAUUGUCAACUUCGACGACGGCCGCACCGACAACCCGGAGAAGACGCAGGAGUCGCUGCAGAAGAUCAUGGCCAACAUGGAGAACAAGGCCGGUGCCAGCCAGGGUGCCGGCUCUGCUCCUGCUGGCAACGAGUACCUCUCUGCCAUUGCCGAGGCCGUCAAGACCGAGGGCAACCCGUGCGAGUUCAAGUAUGAGGAGCGCGAUGCCAUCCUCUACAACCUCGGCGUCGGCGCCAAGCGCACCGAGCUGCAGUACACCUUUGAGGGCAACGAGGACUUCCAGGUCCUGCCCACGUACGGCGUCAUCCCGCCUUUCAGCACUGAGAUGCCCUUCGACUACAACGCCAUUGUGCCCAACUUCUCCCCGAUGAUGCUCCUCCACGGCGAGCAGUACCUCGAGAUCCGCCAGUGGCCGCUGCCGACGUCGGGUCGCCUCGUCUCGCGCGGCCGCCUCCUCGAGGUGGUCGACAAGGGCAGCGCCGCCAUCGCCAAGAACGGCAUCACCACGGUCAACGCCGAGACGGGCCAGGAGGUCUUCUACAACGAGAUGACCGUCUUCCUGCGCGGCUGCGGCGGCUUCGACGGCCCUAAGAAGGGCCAGGACCGCGGCUCCGCCACCGCCGCAAACGUGCCCCCCAAGCGCGCCCCGGAUGUCGUCGUCGAGAGCCAGACCACCGACGACCAGGCUGCCAUCUACCGCCUCAGCGGCGACUACAACCCCCUGCACAUCGACCCUGCCUUUGCCAAGAUGGGCGGCUUCAAGGCCCCUAUCCUGCACGGCCUCUGCACCUUUGGCAUCGCCGGCAAGGCCGUCUACGACCGCUUCGGCGCCUUCAAGAACAUCAAGGUCCGCUUCGCCGGCCCCGUCAUCCCGGGCCAGACCAUCGUCACCGAGAUGUGGCGCGAGGGCAACCGCGUCGUCUUCCAGUCCAAGGUCAAGGAGACGGGCAAGCCCGCCAUUGCCGGCGCCGCGGCCGAGCUCAUGACUGACGACAAGAGCAAGAUGUAA